AUGGCCAGCCCGCUGUCACCGCAGGGCAAGGCCACGGCCACCACGUCCCUCUCGGCCGCGAGGGCAGCCUCGCCCCCUCCUCCUCCUCCUCCCGCCUCGGACCCGCCAGCCGUCGACCUCGCAGCGCCCGCACCACCCCCGCCGCUCCACCGAGCAGCACAGCAGGGCGACCUCGACCAGGUCUAUGCCCUCCUCGACCACCCGCAGCCCGACCAGCCGCCGCUCACCGCCUCGGACCCGGACCUGCAAGGCAUCACCCCCCUCCACUGGGCCGCCAUCAACGGCAACGCCCUCGUCGCCAAAGCCCUCCUCGACCGUGGUGCGCUCGUCGACGCCCGCGGUGGCGACCUCGACGCGACCCCGGCCAUGUGGGGCGCGCGCAACGGCCACCUCGCCGUCGUCCACCUCCUCGUCCAACACGGCGCCGACCCGCGCCUCGUCGACCAGCAGGGCUUCUCGCUCCUCCACCUCGCCGUGCACUCGUCGUCGGCCUUCCUCCUCGCCUACCUCCUCCUGUCCAACCUCGCCGGCGUCGACGUCGACGGGCCCGACCCCGAGGGCCACACGUCGCUCGCGUGGGCGUGCUACCAGGGCGACGCCAUCAGCGUCGAGCUCCUCCUCGCGGCAACAGCGCGUGCAUCCGCCGCAUCGCCUCGGGCCCCCGGCGUCGACCUGCACGCGCGCACCCACGACAACAAGACGGCGCGCGACAUGGCCAUCGAGCUCAAGAGCUACGCCGCGUACGCGCGCGCGCUCGCCGACGCCGGCAUGGGCGAGACGGGCGCCCAGGUCGACCGCCCGCUCGGCGAACGCAACACGCGCCGCGCCAUCUUUGCCGUCGUCGCCGCCGCACUCGGGACCGCCCUCGAACUCGCCGCCCUCGCGCCGUGGUACGUCGGCCUCCUCGCCGUCCCCGCCGUCGCGUUCGGCAUGCACCACGUCGUCGUGCGCGUCCUCCUCGGCGUCGGCGCGCCCGGCCCUGCUGCGGCGGCGGCGGCGACGGCGGGCGCCAACAAGCACGGGCACGGGCACGCGCACGGCGCAGGGGGAGGAGAGCGCGUCACCAAGAGCCCGUACCUGUGCGCCAUCAUUGUCGGCAGCCUCGGCUGGGUCGCCUGGGUCUGGCUCUCCCGGUACCUCACCCUACACGGCUACGCCCUGUCGAACCUCGUCUUUGGCGUCCUCAUCGGCUCGUGCUCGUACGCCCUCUUUAAGGCCGUCACGCUCGACCCAGGCACCGUGCGCGGUCCGGCAGUCGGCAGCGAGGGACUCAAGGAGGUCGUCGAGGAGCUCGUCGACGCCGGGGCUUUCAACGGCAUGAACUUCUGUCUGUCGUGCUUGGUUCGUCGACCGCUCAGGAGCAAACAUUCGUACGCGACCGAGCGAUGUGUCGCCCGCUUCGACCACUAUUGUCCAUGGGUCUGGAACGACGUCGGCGUCAACAACCACCGCCAAUUCCUCACCUUCCUCAUCACGCUCGUCAUCGGCGUCGUCUCGUUCCUCCACCUUACCUACGGCUACUUUUACGAGAAGGCGCCCGACCUGCCGCCGACGGCCUCGUGCCCCGCCGUGUCACCCACCUUCCUCUGCAUGGCGCUCCACUACGACCCGUUCCCGGUCGUCGUCGCCUUCUGGGCCGCCCUCCAGCUCUCGUGGACCCUCAUCCUCCUCGGCGCCCAGCUGUACCAGGUCUCGCGCCAGCUCACGACGCUCGAGCAGAGCAACCUCGGCCGGUACGGUUACAUGGGCGGCAAGCCGGGCGUCAGCGGCGCGCAGCAGCAGGGCGCCGUCGAGAAGUGGAACGCGGCCAAGCAGGCGCGGCACGCGGCGCAGCUCGGCGACGCCGGCGCCGGCGACGGCGACGACGACCCGAACAGCCUCGCGCAUGCGCCCGUGACGGGCAGCAGCAGCAGCGGCGGCGGCGGUGGGGCGGCGGACGACGACGAGGGCGCGCUCGCGUCGGCGAGGGUGCCCAAAGGCCGCAUGGCGCUCCUCCUGCGCCUCCUCGGCCUCGACCGCUUCCUCCUCUCGUCCUCGUCGCGCUCGUCUUCUCGCGCCCGUCGCUCGCGCACCGCAGGACCCGGCGCAGGCGCCAACCCGUUCGACCUCGGCGUGCGGUCCAACUGCGUCGACUUCUGGACGGCCGGCGACGAGCUCGGCGUGCGGUACGAAGAGCUGUGGGGCGUCCCGGACGGCGGCUUUGCGCGCGUCGUCGCCGAGCGCAGGAGGCGACAGGAGGAGGAGCGGAGCGCGAGGGGCGAGGGCAUGGCGCCGGGAGGCGCGUGGGACAGGGUCCGGGGCAGGAGGGGGUCGAACGCGCCGCCGGCGCCGGCGAGAGGGUACGAGAGGGUUGCGCUCGACGAGGUGUGACGAACGUGCAGAAUGUCUUCGCUGCUC